CGGAGUGGUCAGGCGCGAAUCCAUCUUCUGCGGGCGGCCCCCCCUGGCCUGGCGGGGCUAGGGCUGAGAGUUAAAUCACAACGCCCGGGCGCUUCAAACAUCUUUAUAACGGGCGGCGACCCCCCAGAGGCUGUUUGAAGUUGAAGCUGGGGUGGACGACGCUUCGAACCUCCAGUGUUGCAGUUUCUGCUACGCCGCCGUCACCAUGUCUUACCAGCAGCAGCCCGGAUACGCGCCUCAACAGCCGCAGCAGCAGCAGCAGGUCCAUCACCAGCAACAGCAACACUAUCCGCCUCCUCCGACGCACGCCCUCCAGCAGCAGCAGCCCCCGCAACAGACACAACAGCAGUAUGCCAACGUUGUUGCCCAACCAGGGGCACAGCAUCUACAGCACCAGCAGGGCCCCGCGCCCACCGACAGCGGCGCCUUCCAUGGUGGAACCUACAACAUCACCCACCGCGACACCAAUGCGGUGCUCGGUGUAAACCUGCAGCCCGGCGCCGUCGUGCGCGCCAAGCCUGGCGCAAUGAUCCACAUGGCGGGCAGUAUCCAGUUGACUGGCAAAGUCAAGUUCUCGAUGAAGAAGCUCCUCACCGGCAGCGACAUGGCCGAGUCGACAUAUGCCGGGCCCGGCCGACUCGCGUUGGGCCCUACCCUGUUUGGCGACAUCAUUACGCUGCAUCUCGAUGGGCGACAGUCCUGGACCAUUGGCAAGGACGCGUUCCUGGCCUGUACCCCCGAUGUCAGCAAGGAGGCCAAGGCUCAGGGCUUCAGCAAAGCUUUGUUCUCCGGGGAGGACCUGUUUGUCUACCGUGUUGCGGGUCAGGGAAUCAUCUGGCUCACGAGCUUCGGCGCCGUAGACCGACUUGAUGUAGGUGAACCCUUUGCGCGCCCGCGUUGUCUCUGUGCUUACUCUCAGGACAGCUCCAGCCUGGUGAGCAACACAUCGUCGACAACGGCCAUCUUGUCGCAUGGAGUUGCGACUAUAAAAUCGAAAGGGCCGGCGGCGGAACCAUGGGCAGCCUCAAGACAGGCGAGGGUCUCGUGUGUCGCUUCACGGGCCCUGGGGCCGUCUACGUGCAGACGCGGAAUAGGGACGAGUUCCAGGCGUUUAUCCGCGCGAGUGCCGGUGGCGCCUCCUGAGGCAUACGAUUGGAGUGUCUGGCAACAAGUUGUUCAUGUUGGCAAUGGUGUCGGUGGGAGAAGAGACACCGUCAUGGAUGGCUUUUGGGGCUCGACAGCACCGUCAGGCUAUGUGCAUGUUGACCCGACCCGGUCUCAGAGAACGGUUUGCUACCUCGAGUACAUUGCUUCGCCGCCAUUCUUCAUGCCUGGAACCUGAACCGCGGAUCUCGUGUGCUGGUAACCCCUUCAGUCGAGUAGUCGCCCAUCACGCCUGCGCCUUGGGUUCGAUCCCGUCGCCUAUUCUCCCACCUCAUCCAUAGGGAGUACGACAAGUUCCCCGUGAUGACAACCGCACACAUUCCAACGUUUGUCGUAAGGCUGGUAACAUAUCGCGGCGCCUCGUUGCUGCGAUAAAUAUUGCUGGACAGAAUUCCACCGCAAUUUCCAAUCGACGUGUAUAGGCCGCUCAUCAUGGCACGUGCAUUCAGGUUUGGGAUGUUUACCACGGUCCAAGCAGAUCCGAUGAUGUCGGUCGGAUACGCCUAGGAAAGAUCAGCCUGGCUCAUCAACUUCUCGCUCAAAGUUAAAUCUUACACCAAUCGUGCAUAAGAACAUGGCAAAGUAUAGCACGGCUGUAUUUGACGUGUCUAUAGUCAGAAGGAUGAUGUAUCCAGUAAGGCUGACGGCUGUUGACGCGGUGAUGUGUCCACCUCGUUCUCGGAAGUGAUCCGAGGAUCUACACCAACAGAUCAGAAAUACAUACCAGAUUGGUCUUGAUGACGCUAAAUUGGAGCCUUUUGACGAUUAUGGCCAGGAAAUUUGCGUUUGACGUUGUUAUAACGCCAGACGUGAAUCCCAGAAGCACACGUAUAUAUCCGUGAACUGUGCGAAACUCCCCAAGAGCCUCUCGCCAGCUGAAACCUUCUUCGAGCGUAGAGACGGAGUCCUGUUGAAGCCGAACGCACGCAGCAACCUUCUCUUCCUCGUUGAGGAACCAGGCGGAGUUCACACCAAAUGGCAGCAAGGCAAACAGCACGAAUGACCAGACGACAGUUAAGCCACCUUCGAGAAAGAAGAGGUAUGCCCAGCUCGGGUAGGCGCCGCUUUUGAUAUGGAAAACGGCAUAGGCAAGGAGACCACCAAAGGCAGAGGACGAGACAAGCGCUGCGUAGAAGAUUCCGAUACGAGUGGCAAGCUCUGCCCUGGUGUACCAGAUGGAGAGGUAGUAGAUGACCCUUUUAAUAAUUUGUCAGCUUUUCUUCACGAGUCUGCGUCCAGGCUGGGGAAUUGCGUAACUCACGACGCUAGGAAUCCUGACUCGAAUGCCCCGACAAAGACACGACAGAUGACAAUGUCCCUGAAGUUCUUGGAGAAGCCGCUAGCCAAGGAAGCACAUCCGAAGACAAGCAGCAUCCCUGGAAUUGUCCAACGCGCGCCAAGCCAUUUCGUCAACAGAGUGACCGCCGGUCCGAGUACGAUGAACGGGAUUUGAUAAAAAGUCAAAAUUUGGUUGAACUGAUUGCCAACAAGACCAAGAUCCUCUUCAAGCCCCGCAGUAUGCGCGUUUGAGACGCUGCUGCGAUCAAGAGAGCUUCGACAAAGUCAAUUCCACAAAUCUGCAUCGGGCCAGUGAGGGAACAAACUUGAAGAGGUAUGCAAGCGUCAAUAACGGC